AUGAAACUCUCCAUUGUGAUUGCCAGUCUUCUUGGAGUCUUCCUAACUCCAUCUCUUGCUACUGAUAAUGUGAAUGAAAACAACCAGGGAAAUGAUGGUGGAAAUUCACACCAGACUGUGAGCAUCAACAACAAUAAGCACGUGGCCAACAUUGACACAAACAAUGGCUGGAACUCAUGGAACUCCGUCUGGGACUAUGGCAAUGGUUUCAUGGCAACCAGGGUAUUUUCCAAGAAAUCUUGCAUCAUUGCUAGAAUGAACAAAGAUGUCAUGCCUGAUAUUGUAGUCAUUCCCAGGCUGAUUAGUGAAAGGAAGAAGGCUGGAGCUCAGGGGCCUCGUCCGAAGGAACUGAGAUACAUCGUCUCAAAGACCAGAGUCCUUGACCUGACCCCUUUUGGAAAGAACAUUGAAGCUUUGUGCAGAGGACUUCCUACCUAUGUGGCUCAUGAGGCUGAGAGAAUGAAAGAAGCAAACUUCUUCUACUCAGGAAGCUGUUUUCAAGCUAGCAUCCUGUGGAUUAUUAAUAUUGGCUUCUGUGGUGACGUGUCAUUCAAAUAGUAAAAUCUUCACUGCUUGGAACUGGUCUGACAAGGUGCCCACUGAUUAGAUAAAACCAGUUCUGUCGUUAUUCUUCCUGUGACGUGCCAUUUUCUAGAUUUUUGUCUUUGUCUUCCUUUUAUGCUUCCUGUGUAGA